AUGGCUGUUAAAGGAAGCUCGUCUGGGAGCAAAAAAAAGAGCAGUAGCUCUUCUGGCAGCGCAGAAGAAUCCUCAAAGAGUAAGUUCAAGCUUCCUAAGGAAUAUAUAGUACGUCCAUGCACCAACGAAGUUGCAAAUAAUGCGGAAGCCAUCGUUGAAAUUGAUACAGAAGUGAUGGAAGCACUGGAGUUGAAGAAUGACAGCUUUUGUAUUGUUUCUAAGCCAGGAGAAAAUGGCAUCGUAGCCAUUUGCAAAGCUUCCAAAGAUGAAUCAGUCCUGAAUAAUGUAAUAAAGGUGAGUAAACCUUUACGAAGUGUUGGAAGUUUACUUCUAGGUGACAGGUUAGAGAUUAGAAAACUGCAGAAACAGCCAGUUUAUCUAGAAUCGGUGACUGUGGGCAGUUUACAAGGUAUAGAACUACCUUCUGAUGGCUUGAUAGCACAGACCCUUGACAAAUGCGGUCUUUUGAUGCCUGGGAUGAUCUUUCGUUCAGUAGAACUUGAUAAGGACACAAUAGUAGAUCUUAUUAUCAAUGAUAUCAACGAUAAUUCCUCCGAUCUUCCAGAUAUGUCCAAGUUGAAUAUUUCAGAUAAACCAACAUCUAUGGAUAAUGUGAGUAACUGCUAUUUGUCUCCACCAGGCCUUUUCAAUAAGAAAUCCACUAAGAUCAUAACCACAACGGAAAGGGAGGUUGUUUCAAAGUAUGGUCUUCCUCAACCAGUACUUUAUAAUGCCGUAGGUGGGCUUACAAAGGAAAUUUCCACUUUGAAAAGCACUGUAGAGCUUCCAUUACACCAACCUCAACUAUUUACAGAUUUUGGCAUUACUCCACCUAGAGGUAUUUUACUACAUGGUCCGCCAGGUACAGGUAAGACUAUGCUUCUUAGAUGUGUGGCAAAUGAAACAGACGCACAUGUAUUGACCAUCAAUGGACCUUCUAUUGUUUCGAAGUACCUCGGUGAAACUGAAGCCGCAUUAAGGGAAAUUUUCAAUGAAGCAAAAAGGUAUCAACCUUCUAUUAUUUUUAUCGAUGAGAUAGACUCUUUGGCUCCAAGUAGAGCUAGCGAUGACUCCGGAGAAGUUGAAAGUAGAGUUGUAGCCACCUUAUUGACCUUAAUGGACGGCAUGGAUGGGAGUGGAAGACUUGCUGUUGUUGCGGCUACAAAUAGACCAAACGCCAUUGAUCCUGCCUUGAGAAGACCAGGGAGGUUUGACCAAGAGAUCGAAAUCAGCAUUCCAGAUGUCGAGGCAAGACACGAUAUUCUUAGAAAACAAUUUAGCAGAAUGUCAAACAAGAGGCAGCUUCUAACGGCGGAUGAUGUUUUUCAAAUUGCCUCUAAGACUCAUGGUUAUGUCGGUGCUGAUUUAAUUGCUUUAUGCAGAGAAUCUGUAAUGAAGACAAUUCAAAGAGGCCUACACUCAAAAAUUGAAAGAAGUGAGUUAAAGGUUACUUUUGAUGACGUACUUGAUGCAAUGGUUGAUAUUCGUCCAAGUGCUAUGAGAGAAAUUUUCCUUGAAACCCCUAAGGUUUAUUGGGAUGAUAUUGGUGGACAAGAAGAGUUGAAGCUCAAAAUGAAGGAGAUGAUACAACUCCCAUUAGAAGCAGCUGAAACAUUCAAUAAACUUGGCGUAAGUGCACCUAAAGGUGUUUUAUUAUACGGCCCUCCAGGGUGCUCUAAAACUUUAACAGCUAAGGCAUUAGCUACUGAGUCUGGCAUCAACUUCUUAGCCGUGAAAGGGCCAGAAAUAUUCAACAAAUAUGUCGGUGAAUCGGAGAAGGCGAUCAGAGAAAUAUUCCGCAAGGCAAGAGCGGCUUCUCCAUCAAUAAUAUUUUUCGACGAAAUUGAUGCAUUAUCUCCAGAUAGAGAAUCCGGCAGUGGUACUUCAGCUGCCAACCAUGUUUUAACUUCCUUACUUAACGAAAUUGAUGGUAUUGAAGAACUUAAAGGCGUUAUCAUCGUCGCUGCAACAAAUAGACCGGAUGAAAUUGACCCUGCGCUUUUGAGACCCGGCAGGUUGGACAGGCAUAUUUAUGUCGGUCCACCAGAUUUCGACGCUAGGUUGCAAAUCUUGAAGAAAUGUACUAAGAAUUUCAAUAUAGAUCCUUUAGAAGUUGAUCUAAACGCGCUCGCAGAAAGUACUGAUGGAUGCUCUGGUGCUGAAGUGGUUCUUUUGUGUCAAGAAGCUGGUUUAGCAGCUAUCAUGGAGGACGUAAAUACAAGCAAGGUUGAACAACGUCAUUUCACCAAGGCUUUGGCAGGCAUAGCGAGAGGCAUAACUCCAGAAAUGCUCGAAUAUUACUCAGCAUUUGCUUCGAGAAGUGGUAUAUCUGCCUAG